AUGGGUACUCUGUACAACGCCAUAGCUCAGAACAACUGGUGGGUUGCAAAAGCAUCCAUUGAUCGGUAUCCCAGAGCAUUGGAUAUAGAUUUUGCCGCUUCAAUAGGAGAAACACCUCUUCAUGUGGCCGUGAAGUUUGGGCAUGUUGGCAUAGUAGAGGAGUUGGUAAGAUUAGUUCCACAUGAAUAUCUCAAAAUACGCGAUGCUUAUUAUGAUUGUACUCCACUUGCAACUGCUGCAAUAUAUAGUGGAGUCAUCCCAAACGCAGCAUGCUUGAUCAACGAAAACAACAAUGCACUUGCAAUUCCAUCUAAAAAUGGUUGGCGCAUUCCUGUUACCUUGGCUUUUAUUGGUGGCCUUACCAAAAUGGGACGUUAUCUCUAUUCUGUCACUCCUUUGCAGUUCUUCAAACCAGAAAACGGCCCUGUGGGCCCUACAUUCCUCUACACCUGUUUGAGGAUUGGACAAUUAGAUUUUGCCUUGGAUUUGCUCCAACAGUGCACCGAGCUGCUUUUUGCUGCCGACGUAUACGGGAUCUCAACAAUUCAGAAUAUUGCACGUUAUCCUCCUAAUUUUCUGAACAAAAGUACCACUACAAAAAAUUCGACUUUCAGCGGCGACAUUGAAAGUCCAAAAGUCGCCGCUGAAACGCUUCAGCGGCGACAUUUUGUCACCACCAAGUCGUUGCCGUAG